CCUCCAUUGACAGGGUGUCUUAUGUUUUAUUUUACGAGUUUAAUAUUGGACAAUAAUGAAGGAUUAUGCUUUUUUGGUAUUUAUCGUGUUGAUAAAAGCCUUGGUUUCUUCAACAAAAGAUUUUCCACCGAGUGUUUCUUGUAACAUGGAACUUUCAACUUGGCAAGAAUCAGCGAAAAAAUGUAGUAACAGAGGUGGUAAAAUGUUUCCGUUUGCGACUGGUUUAGACCAACUCCAUUUAAAACAUGAAAUAGAUGUAUGGACAGCUGAUUAUUUAAUAAUAUCUGAUUAUUAUUCACAUGAUUUAGCCAAAUAUUGUGGAUUUAACUAUCUCAACAGCACCUUAUAUGAAAACAAUGAAACGUUUUAUGGAGACUGUGAAGCAAAUAGAAAUUAUUUUUGUAUAAAUAAAGCAGGAAAUUUAGUUGUGUACAACAACAGUCGAGAAAAAAUUGAUUGUAGCUAUGAGAUUUCAUUAACUGACAUGCAAAGUAUGAAUUCCGCAAUAAAGCCAGGAUCAUAUUGGAAUACCGGGGUAUUGUAUGGGACAGGUAAAAUGUGUACCAAGCUGAUUAAUUUCUUACAAAUAAA